UUCCUCACUGCCACCACUCAACACAUCCAAAUAAUUCCAACUUUUUCCUCAACCGAAAAACUGACCCAAAAAAAAAAGUGAAAAAUAAAAUUACAAUUAAAACCCCCUUUCCUUUCUUCACAAGUCUUCUAUGGCGGCCUCAGUGCAAAACCGCCAGUUUCCUCACCUCGAACCGGCCAUGAACGGCGUCGUAGGCCGCUCCUUCAAAUCCGGUCCUAGUAAUCACCGGUCUGAUUCUCCGGUUCGGGGCUAUAAGUUCCCGGAUACAACCCGUCCGAAGAGACGGAUCGUAAUGGAUGACGAUUCGUCCAGCGAAGACGAAAAUGAGGCUGAUUAUAAGGAGUUGAUACGGAAAGGGAACAGCGAACUCGAGGCGUCGAUCUUCGACUCUCGGGACGACGGAACAUCUGACAGCUGGAUCGAGCGCAAUCCUAGCCUGAUCCGUCUCACAGGGAAACACCCCCUCAACUCGGAGCCUCCACUGACCCGGCUCAUGCACCACGGUUUCAUCACGCCCGUCCCGCUCCACUACGUCCGCAACCACGGACCGGUCUAUAAAGGCUCGUGGGACGACUGGACCGUGGAGGUGACCGGUCUGGUGAAACGGCCCACUCGGUUCACCAUGGACCAGUUGGUGAACGAGUUCCAGAGCCGGGAGUUCCCAGUCACGCUGGUGUGCGCGGGUAACAGAAGGAAGGAGCAGAACAUGGUGAAGCAGACCAUCGGUUUCAACUGGGGCCCAUCUGGGGUUUCCACUUCGGUGUGGAAGGGUGUACCGUUGCGCGAUGUGCUGAAGCGGUGUGGGAUCAUGAGCCGUAAAAAUGGGGCAUUGAAUGUGUGCUUUGAAGGCGCUGAGGAUUUGCCAGGUGGAGGUGGUUCCAAGUACGGGACUAGCAUCCGCAAGGAGUUUGCGAUGGAUGCUUCUAGAGAUAUCAUAUUGGCGUACAUGCAAAACGGCGAGCUUUUAGCUCCGGACCAUGGUUUUCCCGUGAGGAUUAUCAUACCGGGUUUUAUUGGUGGACGAAUGGUGAAGUGGCUUAAACGCAUCGUCGUUACUACCAAGGAGUCCGAUAACUAUUACCAUUACCGAGACAACAGAGUCCUUCCUCCCCACGUCGAUGCAGAGCUGGCCAACGCUGAAGGUUGGUGGUACAAGCCUGAAUAUAUUAUCAACGAGUUGAACAUAAACUCAGUAAUAACGACACCGUGUCAUGGCGAGAUCUUGCCCAUAAACACUUGGACCACUCAGAUGCCUUACAGUUUGAGAGGCUACGCAUAUUCCGGGGGCGGUAAGAAAGUAACACGCGUGGAAGUAACCAUGGAUGGUGGAGAUACUUGGCACGUGUGCACAUUAGACCACCCAGAGAAGCCCAGUAAAUAUGGCAAAUACUGGUGCUGGUGUUUUUGGUCGCUGGAGGUUGAGGUCCUUAACCUUCUCGUGGCCAAGGAGAUUGCUGUUAGAGCCUGGGACGAGACCCUCAAUACUCAGCCAGAGAAGCUUAUCUGGAAUGUCAUGGGAAUGAUGAACAACUGCUGGUUCCGGGUAAAAACCAACAUGUGCAAGCCACACAAAGGAGAGAUAGGAAUCGUAUUCGAGCACCCGACCCAACCGGGUAACCAAUCGGGAGGGUGGAUGGCAAGAGAAAGGCACUUAGAAUCCGAAACCAACCCGACCAUGAAGAAGAGUGUUUCUACACCAUUCAUGAACACCGCUUCCAAGACAUAUUCCAUGUCCGAGGUCCAAAAGCACAACUCCUCACAGUCUGCGUGGAUCAUAGUCCACGGCCAUAUCUACGACUGUACUCGCUUCCUGAACGACCAUCCCGGCGGUGUGGAUAGCAUUCUCAUUAACGCCGGUACCGACUGUACCGAAGAAUUCGAUGCCAUCCACUCCGAUAAGGCCAAGAAAAUGCUCGAAGAUUACAGAAUCGGAGAGUUGGUAACUACUGAUUACACCUCCGACUCUUCAGUUUCAUCUCCCAAUAACUCUGUCCAUGGAGCUUCCAACACUUUCCACUUAGCUCCCAUCAAAGAAGCCACUCCAUUAUCCAAAAACAUAGCCCUCGUCCCACGUGAGAAAAUCCCGUGCAAAUUAAUUGCAAAAUCUUCCAUCUCCCACGAUGUUCGUCUCUUCCGAUUCGCAUUACCAUCGGAGGAUCAAGUUCUUGGACUACCAGUUGGGAAACACAUAUUCUUGUGUGCCACUAUAGACGAUAAAUUAUGCAUGAGAGCUUACACUCCCACGAGUUCGAUCGACGAGGUCGGAUAUUUCGAUCUGGUGGUGAAGAUAUACUUCAAGAACGUUCAUCCGAAAUUCCCCAAUGGCGGUGCGAUGUCGCAGUACCUGGAUUCGCUGCCAUUGGGCUCGGUGCUCGACAUUAAAGGUCCUCUUGGCCACAUAGAAUACACCGGCAGUGGAAAUUUUUCGGUCGGUGGGAAAGCGAAAUUUGCGAAGAAGCUAGCUAUGCUUGCAGGUGGAACGGGAAUCACGCCGAUAUAUCAAGUUGCUCAGGCUGUUUUGAAGGAUCCUGAAGAUGAGACAGAAAUGUUCGUGGUGUAUGCGAACCGCACGGAGGAUGAUAUACUGCUGAGGGAGGAGCUGGAUGAUUGGGCAAGAAAAUACGAGAGGUUUAAGAUUUGGUACGUGGUGCAAGAGCCUAUUAAAGAAGGGUGGCAAUAUAGUGUGGGUUUCAUCACUGAAAGUAUCCUGAGGGAGCAUAUUCCUGAAGGAUCGGAUGACACUCUGGCCUUGGCUUGUGGACCCCCACCGAUGAUUCAGUUUGCUGUGCAGCCCAAUUUGGAGAAAAUGAAAUAUGAUGUCAAGGACUCGUUGCUAGUGUUUUAGAGUGGCUGGAAGGAGUAUAAAUUGAAUUCUAACAUAUUGAUGGGAUCCACGUUCAAAGGCAGGAGUUCAUUACGGUCGCCGAGUCAAUAUUAAUGUACGUGUACAUACACUGGUGUUUUUCUCCCUUGUAUUAUUAUUAUUUUUUUUAUUUUUUUUAUUUUUUUUUUUAGUUCGUUCUUUGGCCUCUUUUGGCCGGAUAUAAUGUUGGAAACUUCAGGUAUCGUAACGUAUGUAUUCUGUGAGAUCUAUCUACAGAAAUAUUUUGCAAGGGCCAAUUUAUACUUUAUGUACAAAUUUUUUUAAUAAAUGGAUCGUGUUUUACAUCA